CCUUGACAGCCACUAUCUAGGCACAAGCUUGCAGGCAGCAAAAAUCAUGUUUUCCCACAGGAUUUAAUAUCCACUAAAACCUGGGAGGCAGCAAGUUUAUACCACAUCUAUAAACCAGUCCCAGUAGGAGUGAAGACAGAGCUGUAGACAGGUUUCUCUAUCAAGUGAAAAACAGCUAAAAUGUGGAAAAGAACUAAACACGGUGGUUCUGGUGGGAGCAGACAAGGUUUCUCGCUUGUUCAUCGAUAUAUUCAACAUUUUAAUGAGGUGUCUGGCAACAAGUCAGCUGCCAUUCGAAAAAGGUCUAAGACGACCGGAGUGCUGGUCACACAGUAUGUGACAACCUUGCCAGAGGGAAAAAGCACCCCAGAUUUCCAGUGUAAACCAGCCCCAGUAACCACCCAGGCAGGUAAAUUGGUUGUUUUUAAGGCUGUGGUCAAAGGUGAUCCAAAACCUGAAGUAUCUUGGAGAAGAGCUAAAGGAAAUCUUUCAGACAAGGACAAAUAUCACACCAGAUAUGAUGAAUCAACUGAUGAAUACAUACUGGAGAUUCGUAAAGUGUCUGCAGCGGAUAUAGAUACAUACAAAUGCUAUGCAGUAAAUGAAUACGGCAAAGCUAUUUGUACUGCAGCAUUAAAUGUCAAAGAAGCGGAUCCCUUAGAUUUCAGAAAACUGCUGAAGAAAAGUAAAAUAGAUGAAAGCGAGACAAAGAAAGAAGACGAAGAUGAAAGAUUCUGGGAUGCUAUGAUUAAUGCUGACAAAAAGGACUAUGAGCGGAUCUGUACUGAGUUUGGCGUUGCAGACAUGCAACGGAUUCUCCAAAAACUGGAACACAAGAAGAGGGAGAGGGCAAAUAAGGAUGGUGUAAUUCCACAGGAUAAAGACGCAACUGAAAAAUAUAGGACUGAUGUUAGUAACAACCAUCCAAAGCAAAACAACAAAGGCCUGAAUCAGGAGGAUGUUGAGGAUGCCGACCUCCUCCCUGCAGACUUCAAACUUUCCGAUGUGGACUUUGUCAUAAGAAUUCAAGAGAUUAAAGCAGUUGAAAGAGAGGAUGCCCUCUUUGAAUGUGUCCUAACACACCCACUACCCAGAAUCUCAUGGAUGGGCAAAGGCAGUGCACUGCAGAAUGGAGAAAAAUACAGCAUAACUGUGUCCGACCACAAACUGAUUCACAGGCUGCUGAUCAAGGACUGCAAGCAGCAGGAUAAAGGCAUCUACUCAGCGGUGGCUGGAAUUACAUCCUGCAGUGCUUGGCUAAUUGUGGAAGCUGACCGCGACCCUGCAUCUGCUGGCACGAGGAAACUCCGGAAAACUACCUUAGCCAGAGGAGGAGGCCCUGACCUUGAGAAAGCAGCCAGAGAGCAACAAAUAAAAUAUCGAGAGGAGAUGGAGAAGAUUUUAGCAUCUGUGAAAGCAAAACACGCAACAGGUCAACCAAGCAAAGACAAGAACGCUAGUACCAAUGAAAGAGAUGGUGAAAUAUCUGCUGGUAAAAGCAGUGGAGCAGGAAAAGACAGGUCAGACACAUCAAAAGGCAGUUCCUUCUCAGAGCAACCAGGAGUAAAACAGAAGAUGAAAACAGAACAAAACAGAGCAAAGAGCCGUGCCUCGAAAGGGGAUGGCACAGCAUCCUCUCCAGAUGUUCCAAGAGGCCAAAGACAAAACGGAUUAAAAAUAAAAAACAAGACCAAUGCCAAAUCUGCUGAAGUGGAUUAUUACGACACAGAUGUGAACGGAAGAUAUUUUGAAGAGAAUGAAGAUGUCACUGGCUCUGCCAAACACUCAAAAUAUGUUAAGCAACAUUUUGGAAAGGAUGGAGAUUUUACCAACUCUGCCACUGACUCAAACUAUGCAAAUCAACUAUAUGAAGAGAGUGAAGAGUUCACUGAGUCUGAGAAUGACUCAAGUAAUGUUAAGCAACAUUUUGAGAAGAAUGAAGAGUUCAUUGACUCUGAGAAUCAUUCAAAACAUGUAAAGCAACAUUUUGGGAAGAAUGAGGAGUUCACUGACUCUGAGAAUCAUUCAAAACAUGUAAAGCAACAUUUUGGAAAGAAUGAGGAGUUCACUGACUCUGAGAAUCAUUCAAAACAUGUUAAGCAACAUUUUGGGAAGAAUGAAGAGUUCAUUGACUCUGAGAAUCAUUCAAAACAUGUAAAGCAACAUUUUGGGAAGAAUGAGGAGUUCACUGACUCUGAGAAUCAUUCAAAACAUGUAAAGCAACAUUUUGGAAAGAAUGAGGAGUUCACUGACUCUGAGAAUCAUUCAAAACAUGUUAAGCAACAUUUUGGGAAGAAUGAAGAGUUCAUUGACUCUGAGAAUCAUUCAAAACAUGUAAAGCAACAUUUUGGAAAGAAUGAGGAGUUCACUGACUCUGACAAUGACUUGAGUAAUGUAAAACAGCAUUUUGGAAAGAAUGAGGAGUUCACUGACCCCAAGAAUCAUUCAAAAUAUAAAAAACAACAUUUUGGAAAGAAUGAGAAGUUCACUGACUCUGAGAAUCACUCUGGUAAUGUAAAGCAACAUUUUGGAAAGAAUGAAGAGUUCACUGGGUCUGAGAAUCAUUCAAAAUAUAUAAAACAACAUUUUGGAAAGAAUGAGAAGUUCACUGACUCUGUGAAUCACUCGAGUAAUGUAAAGCAACAUUUUGGAAAGAAUGACGAUUUCACUGACUCCGAAAAUCUUUCCAAAUAUUUACAGCAAAGUCCAGAAGAAACAGUGUUUGAUGAAAAUGAAGGAUACAUUGAAGAAAAUGAAGAUUUCACUGGUUCUACUAAUCAUUCAAGACGCAUAAAGCAAAGACGACAAACUGAAGAUGCAGAGUUUGAUGAAAAUGAAGGAUACAUCAAAGAAAAUGAGGAUUUCACUGGUUCGACUAAUCACUCAAGACGUGUAAAGCAAAGACGACAAAGAGAAGAUGCAGAGUUUGAUGAAAAUGGAGAAUACACUGAUGAGAAUGAGGAUUUCACUGGUUCCUCCAAUCAUUCAAGACAUGCUAAGCAACGUCGACAAAGAGAAAACUCUGAGUUUGAUGUAAACGGAGAAUAUUUUGAGGAGAAUGAUGAUUUCCCUGGUUCCACAAGUCAUUCAAGACAUGUGAAGCAAAGUCAAAGAUCAGACCAUACAGAAUUUGAUGUAAAUGGAGAAUGUCUUGAGGAGAAUGAAGAUUUUACUGGUUCUACCAACUGUUCAAGACAUGCAAAGCAAAGUCAAGGAUCAGUCGACACAGAGUUUGAUUAUGAUGAAGUGACUUCUGAAGGAAAUGAAGUGGGAAAUGAAGGCUCAGCUGGUUCUAAGAAAAGCACAAAGCGUAAAAGGAAAGUUCAAAGAAAGACUCAUAAAUCUGGGUUAAAGAGGGAUCCAAAUGAACAAAGUGAAGAUGAUGAGACUGAGGAUUCUGAGCAUGUUGCACAUUCUACAGAUGUAAAACAAGGCCAAAAGCGAAAAGAUGCACUCAAUGGUUCAAACGUUGAAAACCUGAGUCCUAAAGACCACAGUGAGACUGAAGAUUCCUCUGGUACAGCUGUGCACUCGAGGCGUAAAAGACAAGGCCCACUGAUAGAAGAUACAGUAAUUGAUCCAGGGGUUCAGUUCAUCUGUGGACUUUCUGAUGUCAAUGCCAUCAUCGGUGAGACUGCAGAGUUAACAUGCAAACUCAGCAGUGAAGACUGUGAGGGAGCCUGGUUCAGAGACGGCAAAAAGGUAUCCAAUGAUGACCACUUCAUUAUCAGUCAAGAUGGAGUGAUCCAUACAUUAGUCAUAAACACAUGCAUGGAAGAGCACUCAGGGAAAUAUCGUUUUGAAGCAGAUGGACGCAAAACAGAGGCAAUGGUCAAUGUCAAAGAUCCCCCUAGGUUUGACCGAGAAGACCUGAGCGCUUUCAUUCAACCUGUAUCAGUUAAAGUAGGUCACAACGCCAUCUUCAAACUGGCUUUUGUAGGCCAUCAACCUAUAAAGAUUCAGUGGUACAGAGAGGGAGAAGAACUCCAAGAGGACAACAAUAUAAAGAUGGAGAAGUCUGCCGGUCACAGCCGCCUGGUCCUGAGCAGGUGUCACAGGAAAGACACCGGGGAGAUCAAGAUCAAACUGAAGAAUGAAGAUGGCUUCACUGAGGCAAUUUCACAGCUAAUUGUACUUGAUAAACCCUCUCCACCCAUGGGUCCUGCAGAGGUCACAGAGAGCUCAGCGAUGUGUAUAGAAUUUAAGUGGAGGCCUCCAAAAGAUGAUGGUGGCUCUCCAGUCACUAACUACACACUGGAGCGACAGCAGGUGGGACGAAACACAUGGAAGAAAUUAGGAGAAAUCCCGGGCAUACCCAGCUAUAACGACACUGAUGUGGACCACGGACGAAAAUACUGUUACCGUAUCCGGGCAGUGACGGCAGAAGGAGUAAGUGAAGCGAUGGAGACGGAUGAUAUGCAAGCAGGGACACUGGCUUUUCCAGGCCCUCCAGCACCUCCAAAAGUGGUUAGUGCUUAUGACGACUGCAUAAACCUUUCCUGGGCACCACCAAGUAAUACCGGAGGAUCCAGGAUCUUGGGCUAUAUUUUGGAGAAACGUAAGAAGGGGAGUAAUCUCUGGACUGUUGUCAACGCCCUGGGUGAACUAAUAAAAGAAAAGACAUGUGCAGUGAAGGAUGUUGUGGCUGGUAUGGAAUAUGAAUUUAGAGUUACAGCCAUAAACCUGUCUGGAACUGGGGAAUUCAGUGCACCAUCGGAGUAUGUUUUUGCGCGGGACCCGAAGAAUCCUCCUGGUAAAGUUAUUGGCCUCAAGGUGACAGAAACCUCUUAUACCCAUUUGUCCCUGACAUGGACAAAACCUGAGGAGAAGGAGGGAAUUCAGGAUGAAGCAAAAGGAUAUUUUGUUGAGAUUCGACAGGCGGAGUGCACUGAAUGGUCUCGCUGUAACAGCACACCAAUAAUUACCACAGCUUUCAGUGUAAAAGGCCUAAAGUCCAUGGACAUGUACUGGGUUAGAGUGAUUGCGACCAAUGAUGGAGGGGAGGGCACGCCUGAGGAACUGGCCAAAUACGUGCUUGCAAUGCCCUCACCUGUGAGGCCAAAGUUCACAAACCACAAGAUGAAGAGCUUUGUGGUGGUGAGGGCAGGGAAUUCUGUCAGGAUCACAUUACACUUUGAGGCUUCCCCUCGGCCGAACAUAAUGUGGCUAAAGGACAAUGUACCGGUGGCCAAACGAGUCACAAUCAGUAACUCUGAUGGUUCGUCCCAGCUGCUGAUCCCCUCCUCUGAACGCUCAGAUUCAGGCAUCUACUCCAUUUUGGUGAAAAAUCUUGUAGGACAGGAGACAUUUAGUACAGAGGUCAGGGUCACAGAUGACCCAAAGCCUCCUGGACCGGUAGAACUGGAGGAAAACGUGCCUGGAACAGUAACUGUGAUGUGGGAACCUUCUCCUGAUGAGAAGCGUGAUGACCGCCUGCACUACACCGUGUCCAAACUGGACUCUACCAAACGCACCUGGGCCACAGUGGGUGACAGACUUUUCAAUAACAAGUGCACAGUUUGCAAUAUCAUGCCUGGGAGGGAGUAUCAUUUCCGGGUAUAUGCUAAAAACGAUAUGGGCAUAUCUGCACCCUCAGAGUCACCAACAUGGGGAAAGGAGAAAAAGAAAGAAAAGUUUGCUGUGACUCAACCAACAAGAAAAGACUGUGACUUGCGCUGUGCUCCAACCUUCAUCGUGCCUCUGAAGCUCCACACUGCGCCCAAAGGCUAUGAAUGCUACAUGAGCUGUGCAGUGAAUGGAAAUCCCAAACCUCGAAUCACAUGGUAUCGCAACAACAUUAGCUUAAACACAAAUACCAACUACUACAUUUCCAACACCUGUGGAGUUUGCUCCAUGCUAAUCCUUCAAGUGGGGCCCAAAGACAUGGGAGAGUAUGUGGUCACUGCAGAGAAUGCCCUGGGGCGAGCCGAGUGCUCCACCGUACUCAGUGUCAGAGAAUGAAGAAACUGAGGACAACAUAUUCAGCAUUUGCAGCGUGUUUUACAAAAAUUGAAGAUUGUUAAAAUUGAAGUGAUAUGAUUUGAGAUGCAACAAUCAAAAAAUGGAAAAUGAAAACUA